AUGUAUCACUUCUCCUCGGGGUCGCAACAGCCGGAGGCCAAGGCGGACAGGAGGAUGUUCACGCGUCGAGGCGGUAGGCGGUCCUCGUCGUCCCCGUCCUCUGCUGCCAGCCUCCCAGAGAUCGCUGAGGAUGCCGCCAUCCCAAGGGAUGAGCCCCUCGUAAAACGAUCUGGCUUUGGCUCCUUUGCGGUGAAAAUUCAGAUGGCCAACCUGGUGCCCGCAGUUCCAAGAAACAUCUUGGACGACAAUCAUGGCGCGGGGAAGCUAUAUGUGGCUGUAGGGGAGGACGCCGAGGACGGUAAGUCCAACCUCGUCUGGGCAGCUCGCAACUUCCUGCGGGCCGGCCAUCCCAAGCUUGUCUUGCUGCACGUCCACCGCCCUGCCCAUGGAAUCAUGACCGGAUCAUGCAAGGUUUCCGCCAGAGAAAAGGAGCUGAAAGCAUACAGAAAGAUUCACAAGGACGAGAGCAACACACCUUUAAACCAGUACCUCGAUUUCUGCAGAGUUUCUCUCAAGAUCCAAGCUGAGACGCUCGUCAUCGAGAAGAACAGUCCUGCAAAUGGCAUUAUCGAGCUCAUUGAUCAGAGUCACAUUACAAGCCUUGUUAUGGGAGCAUCUUCAUUCUCGCCGCAGAGGAUAGCACCGAAUUCAAAAGUUGCCGGCAGUGUGCAUCUACAGGCCAAACCAUAUUGCCAGAUCUUCUAUAUUUGCAACGAGACUCUCGCUUGCACUAGGGAGGCCACUCAGGUUUCAGCAAAAGUAGAAUCACCAAAAAGCUGUGUCUCAGACCAACCUGAGUUCCCUCCAAGAUCCCAAUUACCGUCAGGUUUCCUAAGCUCUAAGGAUCAACAAGCUCUUCAACGACGGCCCAACUCAGUUAGUUAUACUUGUCCCUUGUCUGAGAUGAUAGCAGACUCUGUGGAAAACAUAUCAGCUACAAGGCGGUGGUCGGCUGAAAUGACACCAACAGGUUUCUCUCCGAAUCCCAGCCAGCACAGCACUGGGGGAUCAUCAGGUUUCUCUCUAAACAGUAUGGAUAGUUCACUAGUACCUGUUACAGUUGCAAGCUCUGGAAAACAUCAACACUCUAUGGUGGAAACUGACGGACAACAUGAAGUGUUCAAGAAACUACACCAAGUCCGCAGUGAGCUACAGCGAUCGAGAAAGGAAGCAUCCGAGGGCCAGCGGAAAACCGAGAGGGGUUCGUUUGAAGCUUCUAUGAUGUUCAAAGCACGGGAGAAUUCACUCCGAAAAGAAAAAGAGGUAGAGGAAAGACUGACCAGAGAAAAGACCGUCCUCGAAAAAGAGCACGUCCAUAUACGCAAUGAGCUGCAGAAGGCUAAUGAGAAAAGCGCACAACUGAAGAACAAACUUCUCCAGGCCAAUUCCCAGAAGGAAGAGCUGCAACGCGAGAAAGAUCAUGCUGUUAGACAAGCUGCACAGAUUCGCCAAACAAAUGCUCACACUGUAUUUGGCUCUACUGGUACAGUUGCCUUGACAGAGUUCAGCUACGAAGAGAUAAAAGAAGCAACUGACGACUUUGGUGACUCUAAAAAGAUCGGGCAAGGUGGAUGUGGAAGCGUCUACAAGGGUUUUCUCCGUCGUACUAUUGUGGCUAUAAAGAAAAUCAACCGUGACGGCGCAGCAGGAGAGAAAGAGUUCAAUGAUGAGGUAGAAAUAAUGAGUAAGAUGAGGCAUCCAAACCUUGUUACUCUGAUAGGAGUGUGCCGAGAGGCCAAAGCAUUGGUUUUCGAAUUCUUGUCCAACGGAAGCCUAGAGGACUGUCUGCAGUGUAAGAACCAAAGUGGACCACUCUUGUGGCGAACACGCAUCAGAAUUGCUGCUGAAAUCUGCACGGGGCUUAUCUUCCUCCACUCCAACAGACCAAAAGGCAUUGCCCAUGGUGAUCUAAAGCCGGAUAAUGUCCUCCUUGACACUAGCUUUGUCUGCAAACUGGCAGACUUCGGGAUCUCUCGUCCCUUGAAUCUGACAAACACCACCGUCACCCCUUGCUACCGCACGGACAACCUUAGAGGCACGAUGGGAUACAUGGAUCCAGUAUACAUGGCCUCAGGGGAGCUCACAGCGCACUAUGACGUUUACUCCUUUGGGGUAGUUCUAAUGCGACUGCUAACUGGCAAGAGCCCCCUAGGCCUUCCGCGUGAGGUGGAGUCAGCCUUGAAGAAUGACACAUUGCAAGAUAUAAUUGAUCCUUCUGCAGGGGACUGGCCCCUUGAGUGCGCUGAAGAGUUGGCAAGACUAGCACUGAGAUGUUGCCGGUAUGUCAGAAAGGAGCGGCCUGAUCUUGAGAAUGAGGUCUUGGGUGUCCUGCAAGCAAUGAUGAACUGUCGGGACGAUAAAAGCCAGCCACCGACGUUUUUCAUCUGCCCAAUGACACAGGAGAUCAUGAGGGAACCACACAUCGCUGCCGAUGGAUUCACGUAUGAAGGCGAUGCCAUCAAGGACUGGCUUGAAAGGGGCCAUGAGAUGUCCCCCAUGACCUACCUCAGGUUCACACACCGUGAGUUAAUACCGAACAACGCCCUUCGUUUCGCGAUUCAGGAAUGGCAAGUGCAGCAGCAGCAACAGUGACUUCGACCCUCCAUUUUGAUUUGUAUGAUGCCUUCUGCAAUGAAAUGGAGUUGGAGAGCGCUCCCGGUUAGUCUACAAAAAUGUACGAUGCCAUGCAUGCUUACAGAACGAAUUAAACGGAUCUAUGUCUGUAACUUCUAUUCCUCUUGCUUUCGCGAAGCUAGAACCCUGGCUAGAACUAGAAGUUACAGAAAAUCAGAGCACGGUCCCCAAUAAAUUUACAGGUAAUUCACAAGUUAGAUAUGGGUGAGCAUAGCACAAAAGUAUACAGGCUGGCAUUACUUUC